AUGGGAGGACAAGGGCUGUGUGUCGCCGGCAUCCAUCCGCUGAAGCUCCUUUGUGGCCUCCUCAUCACUGCGGCUGCCUUGCUUCUUCUUGCAACCGCAGAAUGCAGCACCUCUCUCAAAGGGAAGCAGCUGGUUUAUCGUAACCAAAUGGAUAAAUACGCUUCCUUGCAUGGUCACCCGGAGAAUCAACUCUGCAGCUUUACGGUGUGCAUUGAUAUUAACAGAACCAAUCCCAACCUGGCUACCUGGCCGGCAUUUUCCUAUGACGUCAACGGCUCCUCUGAGGACUUCACGAAGGCAGAACUGGCGCUGUCCAUGAACAAGUCCACAUUGCAAGUCUUCAUCUUGGGCUACUUGGUCGAGAUCAGGCAGGACCUCCCCGCCUUCAAGAUGCACCGCCUCUGUUGCAUUUGGGAUGGUGCCAAGAGGCUGUUGGAAAUCUUCCACGAUGGGAGUAAGUUGAAGACCGCCGUUCCCUGCAACGUGACACACGAGUGCCUCAGGCCCGGAGGGACCCUGGCAUUGGGUCGCCUGCACAAGAACCUGAACGGAGUCAUGGUCACAGAGCAGUUAUUUACCUUCACGGGCUUCCUGCACUAUUUCCAAAUGUGGGAUUCCGUCAGGGACCAGCAGAAGAUGACCCGCUGUGACCGAGGGGACGUCAUUAGCUGGCAGGACAGUUAUUGGUGCUUGGGUGAAAUCCAAACAGAGUCUGCCCACGACCAACACUGCGGUAAAGAAGAAGCCACUCCACCACCUGCCAGCACAACACCUGAAUCUGCAAGCACAGCCCUGACCCAGCCGCGCCCCACUUCCCUCCCGCUCUCCGUCUCCCUGGGGUCCUUCAAUAGAAGAAAAAAGAAUUCCCUCUACGUCACGGUGACCCUUCUCAUUGUGUCUCUGUUGAUUCUCACGGUCGGUUUGGCCGCUACCACAAGAACCCAGAAUGUCUCUGUCGGAGGGUACUACCCAGGUGUUAUUCUCGGUUUUGGGUCGUUUCUUGGAAUUAUUGGAUCCAACUUGAUAGAGAAUAAAAGGCAAAUGCUGGUUGCUUCAAUUGUCUUCAUCAGUUUUGGUGUCAUCGCCGCCUUCUGCUGUGCCAUUGUGGAUGGCGUGUUCGCAGCUAGGCACAUAGAUCUUCGGCCGCUGUAUGCAGGGCGGUGUCACUACUACUCCAAAAGCACAGCCUCGCCAGAGGCGAUCUGCAACACUCGACCGGGCGCGAGCUGCAUGCCGAAGAUCAAAACCAAUACCUGUUUCUGUUGUGACCUGUACAACUGUGGAAGCAGAGUGCAGAUUUCCGGCGGCUAUUACGAGUACAUCGACGUCAGCAGCUGUCAAGACAUCAUCCACCUGUACCAUUUGCUCUGGUCGGCCACCAUCCUGAACAUCGUGGGAUUGUUCCUGGGGAUCAUUACGGCUGCGAUCCUGGGCGGCUUCAAAGAUAUGACUCCCUCGCUCCCGGCUCUUAACUGCGCAGCCGAAAACCCACGUCCAGCCGUUUCCUACUAUUCGAGACCCCAAGUGACGUCGUACAACACAUACUACCACAGCACGCCCCACCUGCCGCCAUAUUCAGCAUAUGACUUCCAGCAUUCCACCCUGUUCCAGGCCUCCGUGCCAUCGGGGCUGUCGGAUGAGCCUCCGUCCUUAUCGCCGUCGCCGAGUUACGUGUGGACGCCCACGGCACCUCCCCGUUACUCCCCACCAUACUUUCCUCCUUUCGAGAAGCCACCACCGUACACGCCGUAGGAGUUGCGUGCCCACUGGAACUGGUUGCAGACCUUUUCGGACUGGAGUCCGUCGCCACCGCAUCAGCAGAUAUCGAUAUACAACACAGGGCGUCUUUGCAACGUCUCUCUCGAACGUCUCUCUCGCUGACAACUUUCCUUGACGGGAGCUGUUAUGUUCAGAUGGGCUUUGAGACCCGCAUUAGCCGUCAAAGUGUGUUAUUGUGAUUGCCGGGGCAUUUGUGCAUCCGGGAAUAUUGCAACACGCUUAUCAUGCAUUAGCAGCAUCCAUGCCACAUCACACUGUUUUUCAAAAAAGACUUUUAUUAUAUCAUCCGGCGCUGAACUGGGCACAUUCUUGCAUCAAGCCACUAAAAUGCCAUUUGCAGCCAUUUUGCCAUUUGCAGCCAUGCAGCUCUUAGUCAGUUUUCUAUCCUUUUUGCCAAAAUCCCCCUGCCUUAUUGUUCCCAUGCUAAAAGCUCACAGCUUGUGUAGUAUUUUGUAAAUAAGAAGGGAAAGAUGUCAGGGAUUCCUUCUGUCCGACAGUAAACUGACAUGUCAUUGUUAUUGAGUGCCAAAGAGAUUGUAUAGAUGGCUUUAGGGUUGCCCGUUUAGGAGGAGGGUGGGAUGUUGUUGGACAACAAUGCCCAGCAACCAGAGGCAGAACAGUCCAUGGUCAGGAGGGCUGCGUGCUGCAGUUCAUCAUCUUGAACAGAUGCCCUCAGGCCAAGGCACACGGGCCACAUCCGGCCCGUCAAGGCUUUUCUCCCGGCCUGUUGUUAUUAUCAUUAUUCCCCACUCAUGCCAUAGCCAAAGGGAAGGAAGGAAGGAAGAGAGAGGGAGAGAGAAGAAAGGGAAGAGGGAA